UUGAAAGCCGACAUUAAGGAGCUUAGAGACAACGUCACAACCCAAAAUCAGCGUCUUGGGCGUCUCGAAGACCAGACCCAACGUCUAGAGGCCGAGGUUCGCCAGUCCCAAGCCUACAUGCGCAAUAAGGGAUUGAAGAAUCCAACCCUCCCCAUCAGACCUGUUGUCGUGUAUCGCCCUGGACAUGGCAUUCUCGAGCCGGAAUCCUCACGAUUUCCUCGAAACGCGGACGAGUUUUACUCCCUGAGGGACCCGCAAACUGACCGGCACCGGUCCAUGCUGGCCUACCUUGCCGUCUUCUACGACGUCCAACUCAGAAGUGCUGGUCAUUUGCCUGAAGAGGAAAGCAACAGCGACGAUAGUGACGACGACGAAAUCAUACUCGAACACCCUGACCUCGUCGUGGAGAAGUUGGAAGAUAUACUCGGCCUGAAUGAAGAUAAAAUUACCAAGUUCAAGGAGAGAGCUCUGCAAAUGGCAUCACGAGCGCCAUCGAAACCCAUCAAACGCUCC